CAACAAUGGAAGAUUCCUAGCAACACCAAAACAGCGGGUGUUUUGCAACUUUGGGAGAGAAAUGCGCUGAAAUUCCAGAUUAGGACGAAGCUUGUUGGCGUUUCAUCAUUUUAUUCAUUCUAUAUCUGACCAAGACGCUCAGUUUCCACGACGGAACGCUUUGGUUGCAUUGCACGGAAACGGCGGGGACGGAAACGGAGCCAAGUGGAGCGUGUUGCCGUAGCUCAGUAAUCCCGUACAGAGGACCCGUACAGAACGCGAAAAUCAUGUUCAAAAACACGUUCCAAAGUGGAUUUCUUUCUAUUCUAUAUAGUAUCGGUAGCAAACCGCUUCAGAUAUGGGAUAAAAAGGUACGGAAUGGUCACAUCAAGAGAAUUACAGAUAACGACAUUCAUUCACUGGUGUUGGAGGUCGAAGGUACAAACGUCAGUACUACCUAUAUAACCUGUCCAGCUGAUCCAAAGAAGACACUGGGUAUCAAGUUGCCUUUUCUUGUAAUGAUCAUCAAAAAUUUAAAGAAAUAUUUCACCUUCGAAGUUCAGGUGUUAGAUGAUAAAAAUGUUCGACGGCGCUUUAGAGCGAGUAACUACCAGAGCACGACGCGAGUGAAGCCGUUCAUCUGCACCAUGCCAAUGAGACUUGAUGAUGGCUGGAACCAGAUCCAGUUCAAUCUCUCAGACUUCACCAGAAGAGCCUACGGAACCAACUAUAUUGAGACGUUGCGUGUGCAGAUUCAUGCUAACUGUCGUAUCAGGAGGGUAUAUUUCUCAGACAGGCUCUACUCUGAGGAUGAGCUCCCGGCCGAGUUCAAACUCUACGUCCCUGUCCAGAGCCAGAAGGCCAAGCAGUAGAAGUCCUGAACAAACAUGCAGCGUUUUCCCAAACCAGAUGCAUUGUUUGAGCUGUAUAAUAAUGUGUGUGCGUUUGUGUAGUUAUAAUUUCUUGUGCUAUUUUUAUGAAGAGUGCUUUUUCAAAUCUGUGAAUAAAGGAGAAUUUAAGUA